AUGGCCUUCACGGCAGUGCACUACCCGACAGACAAAGACCAAAACCAAGCAUCUUACUGGCCUGAGAGUGAGGAGCUGGGGGUGGCAAGCGAUAACAACUUCUUUGAACAGUUCCUUGCCUUUGAUUCUUCAGAAACCUCGGCUCUUGGUGGUGGCAAUGACUUACUCGCAAAUCCGCCCAGUCCGUCUAUCCUACUCGAGAAUCUCGAUGCUGACUUGUCCAAUUCGUCGUCCACCGAUCAGGACACGCAAUCUGGACAGUCUCGAAGCGAAACAUCUGGCUCAUCCAUUUCGCUAGACUUUUCCUCGAUACCAUCCUCUUCAGAACAAAGCAAGUCAGUACCAUUAGAGCUCGCUGCCCCUCUCAUAUCAGAUCCUAUAUUGUCCAACGGUUCGAUUUCAGACUCCGAACUACUUCGCUUGGAGGGCAUCUCUAGACUCUCCAUAGAGUCACCUAAAGGAAAUGCUACAGCACCUCAAGAUUCACCUCUUGCAAACCAAGGUUCCCUAAGCCCACGUAAGCAUAAUCGUGUUUUGAGCUCGGUCUGCUCCGCAUUACGCCGAGCGACGCAUUGGUCGAAGCCACAUAAGCAUCAAGGACCCCCGAUGGAAGUAAGCACGGCAAUAAUGGGAGAUUCGUUGAAGACAGAUGAUAGUGCCUGUUACGAUCUCCCAGUGGACUUUGAUCUAAGCGGAUUAGGUGAUGUUAAACUAGAAGAAACGUCCAUUUCGAAUAAUCUACCCUUAUCACCGCCACUCACCGGUCGGAUACCUACCGAUCAUAACUCGGACGAUAUAAUGAAUUUCGUAAGCGGUCAUUUCGAUGACCCGUUCUGCGAUGAUGUGCUAGCUCCGUCUACUAGUAUCGACUCCGCAGGCAAAGGACACGACAUUGACUUGAACACACCCAUGGCAACCCCGGCGCUGGACGACGAUAUCUUCUAUCAACAGACACUUGAUCUAAUAGGCGCAGGGCCGUCGUACGUUUCCGAUAAUGGGGGCGGUAUGUCAAGCCCGGGGUGGUGGGAUACGCCACAACAAGCGAACGGUCACCGCCAGCACGGUGGUCGGAGCCAUAGCCAUAGCCACAGCAGCAGCUCAAUGCAUAACAACGUAUCACUCAAUCUCUCAAUGCAUAACCAGCAGGCAGAGCUUCCAUACGAGUACAGCACUGGCGCAGACAUAUCGGGACUCAUGAUUCACAUGCCGCAACCCCGGGCGCCACAAGCCGCAGUACUAAGUUCCAAUAUAAACGACUCACUCAUAAUGCCUUCACCAUCAUCUUCCUACUAUCAUCAUCCUCACUCCGGUGGCCGUCGAAACUCGUCAAGCUCAUCGCAAUACCACCAUGGGCACCACAGCGACCACCGCCGGCCGCGACCUCGCGCUCCCUCAUCUGGCGCCCGUCAUUACGGCAGUAGCAGCCACUACGGCGGCCCGAUGACUUCGCCACGCAAAGUAUCCUCAUCAGCAGCAUGUUAUACACUGCGCGAAGAAUCGAUAUCGCCGACGCCUCUCCCACGCCAACGGACCUCCUCCUCCUCUUCAAGUUCCUCUCUAGCCCUGCGCAAGCAGCGAUCAUGGAGCCGGCAACACCGCAAGGGCGGCGAGCCACGAACGCCUAGCAGCGGCCGCGUGCGGUCAUCAUCCUGCCGGUCGGCGGGUUACGACCAUGGCGGCGGCGGCGGCGGCGGCGGAAGCUUAUCCAUUGAGUUUUGCAACUACACGCCGAGCGACAAGAAGGUGCUAAUGAAUGGUGUGGCGCCGAGCGGGUCGAGUAAGACCAAAGCGCGACGCGAGCGCGAGGCCCAAGAGAAAAAUGAAAAGUACGUGGAGGCAAUUCGUGCUGCGGGGGUCGAUGUGGAAAAGUUGCGUCAGAACGGUUUCCUCUUCACCAAGUAG